GAUUAGGUACAAAAUAAUUUCUCCUAACAAAGGCCGUCCUUAACCCGAUCAGUCAUAAACGCAAACACCUGGCUGAUUUCUCACCUUCCCGCCUCCCUCCAUUACCAAUUCCCUCUCAGCAGUUCGGUUUCCCACAAAUGUCAUUACCAGAUCCAAAAAUCCACAAGAAAGAGAUGGAGGAGCUUCUUAGUAUGGGCUUCUCGGAGGAUCUCGCUUCUCAGGCCCUCGCCGCCACCGCAUCCUCUUCAACCACUUCAGCCAACCCUUCCGUCGAAGCCGCUGCCGACUGGAUCCUCACUCACACCUCUCAAUCCUCUCAUUCCCCUCCAACGCUGUCCUCCCAAUCCAACCUCCGCCGCUUCAUCCUUUCCAAACCCGCCCAGCCUCUCAAACCCUACCCCUCCAAACGUCUCAAACCAUCUCCUUCGUCUCUCUCCCCUCUCUCCGAACGCAUGCGUCCGUCCACUGUCGACCUCAUAGUCGGCCAAGACCACCUCCUCUCCCCCGGCUCCCUCCUUCGCGGCGUGGCUGGUGGCCCUCUCCCCUCUCUGCUUCUCUGGGGUCCUCCUGGCUCUGGCAAAACCACCCUCGCUCGCGCCAUCGCCGCUUCUCUGUCCUCCCACCGCUUCCUCCCUCUCUCAGCCGUCACUGCCACCGUCGUUGACCUCCGCCGCGCCAUCGACGAAGCCCGCCGCUCCCGAUCCCAAAUACGCACAGUCCUUUUCGUCGAUGAGAUCCAUCGAUUCUCCAAAACUCAACAGGACGCCCUCCUCCCCGCCAUUGAAGACGGAUCCAUCAUCUUCCUCGGUGCCACCACCGAAAACCCCUCAUUCCACCUUACGAACCCCCUUCUCUCCCGUCUUCGCGUUCUCGCCCUCCGCCCUCUUGAACCUCAUCACGUCCGCUCCCUACUUCUUCGCGCCAUUGAUGACGUCGACCAUGGCCUCCUACUCUCCACUAACGGCGCCUCCGUUACCAUAGAUGAUGAAGCGCUUGAGUUUCUUUCCCUUCAUUGCGAUGGCGACGCCCGCGUCGCACUCAAUUCGCUUGAAGCCUCGGCAGUCUUAGCCGUGAACCGAAGCUCUGGCAUUGGCGAGGGAACAGUCAUUAUCACAACUGCGGAUGCGAAGGAGGCCAUGCAGUGUAAGCAUUUGGCUUACGAUCGUGAUGGUGAAGAGCACUAUAAUCUCAUCAGUGCGCUGCACAAAUCGAUGAGGGGAAGUGAUGCAGAUGCAGCCAUUUACUGGCUGACAAGAAUGCUCGAGGGAGGAGAGCAGCCAUUGUACAUUGCCCGGAGGCUUGUGAGGUUUGCAAGUGAGGAUGUUGGACUUGCAGACACUGCAGCGCUCGGCCAUGCCGUUGCUUGCUACCAGGCCUGCCACUUUAUUGGGAUGCCGGAGUGCGAUGUCUGUCUUGCUCACUGUGUUGCAUAUCUUGCUCUGGCACCCAAAUCUGUGGCGGUUUAUAAAGCUCUGAAUGCCGCAAAGAGAGCUGUGAAGGAAUCGGUGGGGGGGAAUGAGGGGGUGCCACUGCAUUUGAGGAAUGCUCCGACAAAGCUGAUGAAGCAAAUGGGAUAUGGAGAUGGGUAUUUAUAUCCUCCUGAUCAUCCUCAACUUUGUAAAGGGCAGAGUUAUCUGCCAGAUUCACUUAAAGGUCGGAAAUUUCUCCAAUGGCCACCACUGGAUGUAGAGCAGCUGUGAAGUUUGGUUAACCGGUAUGUUUUUAAUAUAUAAGCUUUUUCAACUGGUUCUUGGGGUGCAAGCUAUGUUAGUAUAGUAUCCUUUUUAGUAUUCUGUUUUGGAGAAAUUAUUCUGUAUGGUCUGGUAGACAUCCAGAACCAUCCGAAUUUGCUGUUAUUUUGCUACAUUUUUGUAAAUAUUCAACAAAAUGGCAGCAAAUAUGUAAUGAUAAUGCACUUUUGUUGCUUUUUUUUGUUGAGUAUUUGUAAAAAUGUAGUAAACGAGCAACAAAUUUUCAAUUAGUAAGAUAUUUGCUGUACUUUAGCUGAUCUUUUACAAAUACUCAGCAAAAAGCAUUACCUUUUGCUUAGUAUUUACAAAAGCGCACUAAAAAAACAUCUAAAUCGCAGUAAAUCCGGGCGGUUCUUGACGUCCGGUCUCCGCAAAGAAUAACUUAUCUCUAUUUUGUGGAUAUUUUACGUUAUGUUGCUGUUGCAUUCCGGUUUGACGGAUGUGAAAGUUUGGAUGCAGAGCUUUAAUAGAAAAGGAGAUUUUGCUGACU